UCUCUUCCUCCUCUCAGCCGCCUCCACUGCAGGCAAGGAGCUAUCCAGUGCUGAACAAGUGAUUUUUUUUCUUUCUUUUUUCAGAGGCGUAAGCGUGUGUGUGUGUGUGUGUGUGUACAGUAGCAAGCACACACACAGUAUUUUAUCAUCAGACAUUUCUCUCUCCUCCUCUUCGUUUCCUUUUUCUACAUUCACUCUUUUUCUUUCUGGGACGUAGAACAUCUUUUUUUUAAAUAAUUUCGUUUGGGACAGCUAAAAUAUUUUCUCCAGGAUUUUUUUUACCUCUUGGCUUUCUGUCUGCGGCCGAUGUGAGGGAUUUCUGGUGCGUCUGUGUGUGUGUGUGCGACCGUGUGAAUCAUGCCACGUUCAUUUCUGGUGAAGAAAAUCAAACUGGAUGAUUUUUCCUCAUCUCCUGUGACAACAUCUAAUCAUCAUCACCAUCAUGAUCUCGAUGACUCCUUUACACGCUCUCGUUCCAAUCCCGCGACGAACCUGGGUGUCCGGCUCUGCGAAAAUGGCUACAUCAAGGAUUACAACAGUUCCUCUGCAUACAAGGGGGAGAAUCAGGCUGACAUGAAGCUGGGCUCUGGGUUGUCAGAUCCGUUGUACUCCCCCGUCAGCAGUGGAGGAGGUGAGUACUGCCAACCUGACCUGGAGCAUCCUGACAGCCCUCAGUCCGGUCUCAUGGCCCGUGGAUACUUCAGCAGUGAGAGCGAAUCUCUGUCUGAGGGUUACACCAUGGAUGCAUUCUUCAUAUCAGAUGGCCGCUCGAGGAGGAAGGGAGAGGUUGCAGAAGCAAGGAAAGAUACCACAGAAGAGAAGGCACCAGAAGGCCCCAACGAGGGCCCCAGACACACAUGCAACGAGUGUGGAAAGACCUAUGCCACAUCCUCCAACCUGAGCAGACACAAGCAAACUCACCGCAGCAUCGACAGCAAGAUGGCACGCAAGUGUCCCACCUGCAACAAGGUUUAUGUGUCCAUGCCAGCUCUUGCCAUGCAUAUCCUCACACAUGACCUCAAGCACAAAUGUCAUGUGUGCAGUAAAGCUUUCAGUCGACCGUGGCUGCUGCAAGGGCACAUGCGAUCACAUACGGGGGAAAAACCCUUCGCUUGUGCCCAUUGCGGGAAAGCCUUCGCAGACCGAUCCAACCUACGAGCGCACAUGCAGACACAUUCGGCCUUCAAGCACUACCGCUGCAAACGCUGCAAUAAAACAUUCGCGCUGAAGUCCUACCUGAACAAGCAUUAUGAGUCUGCCUGCUUCAAAGGCUCUGGAGAUGAGGACGAGUCUGGUUCUGAGAAUUAAGGACACCAGAUGCAAAAAAAGAUGAAGAGAAAGAUGAAGAAGAGAUCUUUGUUAACACUUAAAAAUCCCUCAACCCCUUCACUAACCACUUCACAGUCAACCCACUCUCCCUUUUUAAGAAAGCAAUAUUUUCCACCAAGAAACAAACAAACCCAAUCAUAUGAAGACAAUAAUGAAUAGAUGCUGGAUUUUUUUCUUUGGUUAAAAAAGACACUCUUGUACAGACACUUAAAAUUAUGAGGCCUGGCAUGCAAUUUUUUAUUAACAUAAUACUAUUAAUAAUAAUAAUAAUAAUAAUAAUAAUAAUAAUAAUAAUAAUAAUACUCAUAUUUAGAUUCCUGAUGUUUUAUAGCAAAUCAUAAAAAAUACAU